CAACUUUUCCAGACAUCAACACCAGUGGGCUGCAGGGUACUAUGUAAGCAUGAAGACACAGACUGUCCGCCAUGUCACGCCAACCCGAUCACUUCCUACAAGCAACCUGUCGUGCCUACAUGUGGGGAGAGAACUCUGGUGAAUCGCUGAGCAACAGCAAGGCGGACAGAGCGCCGCAGCCUCUUGGCCCCUGUGAUCGACUUGUCGCCAGACCCGCCAUGCCCAACAGCUGCUAAGGCAUGCUCUCAAUUACCUACGUGAGCGCCAAGUCUCCACAAUGGCGAUGUCUAGUCUUGGGGACAACGUUGCCGUGCGGACGACGAAGGAUUUGUAUGGAACAAUUGCAUUGUCUUUGCUGUGGCACAACACUCACACGACUGUCCACUCUUUUAACAAAGUCGGCUUGCAACCGGGCGGUAAUGGCUUCCUCCUCGCAUCCCACCCCUAUUUGAAUCAACCUUUGUUUGCACUAUCGCCAUUUCGCAGUACCAAAUCUCCUCUUAGAUUCCAGCGAAACCUCUCGUUGAUCCUUAAUACAUCUCUCGCGUUCCGUUGACAUGUCAGGGGGAGGCAUUUGCCACACAUGCUACGAGCCGUUGAGCAACUGCUGCUGUCACAUCGAGCGCGUUGAGACCGUGUGUCGAACCUGCUCCGAACUGAUCAGCCAGUGCUGCUGCACUGUCAAGAACCGCCUGCAGCCUGAGAUCUGCUGCAAGCCGAUAAUGGUGCUGCAAUGAGUUGCGAGCAACAAAUAAGUUGAGUGUCACCGCUGAUGAGUGCAAUGGACAUAAAAUGGAGACUGGAUCAGUACGUAUGUGAUAGACAAUGCCAUCGACAUGCUUCAUGCAAGUAGUACCAGUUAGUGUGUCAUAAAGUACCAAUGCACG